GUCAGAGCACGUGCGCGGCGGGAGAGCGCCGGGACGGGCACCGGGAGAGAGGCUGGGAUGGACCGGGAUCGAUCAGGAUGGGCACCGGGAGAGAGGCUGGAAUGGGCCAGGAUAGAUCAGAAUGGGCACCGGGAGAGAGGCGGGGAUAGAUCAGGAUGGGCACCGGGAGAGAGGCUGGGAUGGACCGGGAUAUACCGGGAUAGAGGCGGGGAUAGAUCAGGAUGGGCACCGGCAUAAACCCGGGGAUAGACCGGGAUGCACACUGGGGGUCACCGAGACAGAGGCGGGAAUAGACCGGAAUGAGCACCAGAAGAGACCGGGAUAGAGCGUGGCUGAGGCAGGAUGGGCAGCGGGGAUGCCCCGGUAUGGAGACGUGCACGAACACAGGCAGCGGGGCAGAACGAGUCACCGGGACACGUCGGGAUAGAGGCAGCGAUGGGCACUGGGAGCACCGAGGAGAUGCUCUGGGGGUGCACUGGGAGAAGAGGAUCCCCCCAAGAUUCCUGCAGGGCUAAAAGCUCCCUCGAGCAUUGUUGGGAGUUACCUCCAUAGAAGCAGCCUCAUCUUCUGCUGAAGGGCGUCAGCAUGAACAGGAUCCGCAUUCACGUGUUGCCGACGAGCCGGGGCCGCCUGACCCCGGUGCCGCGGCCUCAGGAGCCCCUGGCCUGCUCCUUCACCCCCCGCCCCUGCUCCCAGCCCCGCCUGGAAGGGCAGGAAUUCUGCAUCAAGCACAUCCUUGAGGACAGGAAUGCUCCCUUCAAACAGUGCAGCUACGUGUCCACAAAGAAUGGGAAGCGUUGUCCCAAUGCUGCUCCCAAACCUGAGAAGAAGGAUGGCACCUCGUUCUGCGCGGAGCAUGCCCGGCGCAACGCGCUGGCAAUGCAGGCUCAGGUGAAGAAAUCCAACCCCGGGCCCGUGGGUGAGACCCUCCUGUGCCAGCUGAGCUCCUAUGCCCGGGCAGAGCUGGGCAGCCAGAGCGCCGAGAGCAGCCGCAGUGAGGCCAGCCGCAUCCUGGAUGAGGACAGCUGGAGUGACUGUGAGCAGGACCCUGUCACCGUGGAGCAGACGUGGCGUGGGGACCCUGACAGUGAAGCUGACAGCAUCGACAGCGACCAGGAGGAUCCCCUCAAGCAUGCUGGAGUGUACACAGCUGAGGAGGUGGCUCUGAUCAUGAGGGAGAAGCUGAUCCGCCUCCAGUCCCUCUACAUCGACCAGUUCAAGCGGCUGCAGCACCUCCUGAAGGAGAAGAAACGCCGGUUCCUGCACAGCAGGAAGGGAGAGCACGAGGCCAUCGGGAGCAGCCUCCUGACAGGGCCAGAGGGGCUGAUGGCCAAGGAGAGGGAGAACCUGAAGAGGCUCAAGUGCCUGCGGCGCUACCGGCAGCGCUACGGGGUGGAGGCUCUGCUGCACCGGCAGCUCCGCGAGCGCAGGGUCCUGGCCACCGACGGCGCAGCCCAGCAGGCUCACACCACCCGCUCCAGCCAGCGCUGCUUGGCUUUUGUCGAUGAUGUCCGGUGCUCCAACCCGUCCCUGCCGCUGACCCGGCACUGCCUCACACAUAUCUGCCAGGAUACAAACCAGACACUUUUCAAGCCGUGCCAAGGCUCUGAGGAAGUUCCCUGCAACAAACCCGUGCCCGUGAGCCUGUCUGAGGAGCCCUGCUGCCCCCUGCACCUCCGGCUGCCCCCCCAGAUGUACAUCCCAGAGCAGGUCCUGGCUGUUCCCCAGGAGCUGGGGGCAGCCCCCACGGAUCUGUACCUGAGCGCAGCCGAGCUGCAGCCCACGGAGAGUUUGCCCCUGGAAUUCAGCGAUGACCUGGACGUGGUGGGUGAUGGGAUGCAGUGCCCCCCAUCCCCUCUGCUCUUUGACCCUUCUGUGACCCUCGACCCAUCCCUGAGGGACAUGGCCGAGGCUCCCAUCGACAUCCUGGCCCUGGAGGAGCCAGACAGGGGCAGCUCCUCCACCCCUCUCAUCCCUCCAGCCGAGGUGCCUGCCCAGCAGAGUCACCUCCCGUUCCAGCCCCGGGAGGAGCAGCAGCCCCAGGGAACGGCCUCGUCCAGCCCGGCCCGGGGAGCGGCGGCCAACGGGAGCCUGGAGCCAGGGGCCGUGGGCUGAGCCCGGCAGCACCGGGGUCUCCACACCCGGGGGACCCUCACCGUGGGACCUGGGGGGACUGGAGAGCUGCUCCAGUGCCAGGAUGAGCUGCAGCUCCAGCUCUGCUGAUUCCUGCAGCCACAGAAACCCCGGGAUGGGGCUCCAGAGCCUCCCAUCCUCCGCGUAGCCACAGAAGGCUGGGGAGGGAAAUCACCAGAUUCUGGGGGUCUCUGCCACGCCCUAGGGCGGGGAUGUGGCCCUGUGGUGUUUUGGGGGGACAGAGGUUCCGUCCUGCGGUUCCCCCCACAAUAAAGUGAUGGAGGCGGGUG